UGCAACAGAAAUAUUAGUCAAUACUAUGACAGUGAAUAAAAUACCUGCCACGGGACUAAUUUCUUUGGUGACAUAAUGCUGUCACAGUACCCGUAUACCAAUAUACUAACACACUUGCAGUACUGAUUAAGCCAGCACAGGGUCGAGAGGAAGGGUGAGAGCAAGAAAAAUCAAUAUAAAUUUUGAAAAUUCAUUUGCAUUUGUUGUUUGUUAUUUGCGCCAAAUUAGAAAUGCUCCAACAACUUGAGAAUAUUACAUGAGCCAGGCUAUGCGGGGAAGGAGUGGGAGGAAAGAGAAGAAAAGAGGUGGAAGCCGAAGGGACAGGUUUGAAGAGUCUGGAAAUUUUCUGUCUUGCAUCUCAGGUCAAGAACUGGAAGAGGAGGCGAUCAAAAAGCUCUCUUUGAAAGAAGAAAAGGAAGAAAAUAGCACUGAUGAAACCAGUGACAAGGAGGAAGAGGACAGUGAAGAGGAAGAAAAUGACGGCAGUGAUGAUAAAGGUGGCAAUGAAGUGUUGGAAUCAGUGAAGUAUCCAGUAUCCAUGUGGGACCUGAGGCACUGUGAUCCUAAAAGAUGCUCAGGCAGGAAGCUAGUGCGUCUAGGCUUUGUGCAUCCCUUGAGGCUUGGCCAGAGGUUCCCAGGACUUGUGCUGACUCCUGUGGGCAAGAAGUGUGUGUCACCCGAGGAUGCUCCUAUACUCAACCAGCAUGGCCUGGCAGUGGUGGACUGUUCCUGGGCCCGGCUUGCAGAGACACCCUUCAGUAAGAUGAAGGCAGCCCACCCAAGACUACUGCCCUAUCUGGUGGCCUGCAACCCUGUCAACUAUGGCCGUCCUUGCAAGUUGUCCUGUGUGGAGGCCAUUGCUGCAACUAUGUACAUAUGUGGGGAUAAAGAAGGAGCUCUUUUAUACCUUAGCAAAUUUAAAUGGGGCAAAACGUUCCUGAAGCUGAAUGGUGAACUCCUGGACAAGUACAGUGCCUGCAAGUCCAGUACUGAUGUGGUGGAGAUGCAGAACCUCCACUUGAAGCAGCUGGAGGAAGAAUCCUUUGCUGAGAGAGACAAGAUUGACCUUCCUCCAUCAGAGUCUGAGUCAGAAUCUGAAGAGGAGAAAGAGGUGGAGUAGCUUCAUAAUGGUGUGCUUGGCAUUACUGUCCCCUCACUUGGCAUGUGCACUGCCACUGUUGAAAUUUUUAUCAUUAAACGUUUUACAAAUUUU